AUGGUGUCAAAAUUCUCGUUGAUCAACUAUCAACAGACUGAUCCACGAAGACUUUUGACGCUCACUGAAAAAUUAUUCAACGACCAUGCAUUCGAGGCAUAUCUAACCCCUCAACAAUUGAUCGUGUUAGAGUAUAUACUCUCCAUCAAACUCCAAGAAAAGAAGUUUCAAAUAUGGAUAGAAUUGAUGAAUGGGAACGUAGAGUUAAGUGUCGUCAAUGUACCUUCUCAAACAGCACUAAGCAUUGAUCAAGAAACCACCGUAGAUGGUGGUAUUGUAUCGGAGAGGAACAGUUUGCAAGGUUUGAACUUGCCUGACACUGCUAACAGAAAUUUGGAAGAUGCAAAACAAGAGGCGACACUGGAUCCCGACAGUAUCGAAGCUGAAGAGGAUAUGUCACAGCUUGAUUUAGAUGACUUAAACCAACACAUAUCUGGGUCUGACUUCAUCGGCAACUUGUCGUUAAAAAUUCGUUAUGUUCUAUGGCAAUGUGCAGUUGAUGUCUUUGGAAAGGACAUUGCAGAUAUUGAUGACCUUGGAGAGGGGGAAAGAGGUGAACUGGAGUAUAUUCUUCCAAAUGAUGAUAGUGACGAUUUAUUUACCAAUGACAAGGUAGAAGAAGGGAAAAUAGACUCAACAUUGACCAAAACUGUUAAUGAGAGCGAGGACGAUAACUAUGAUGACGAUGAUGACUACGACACUGAAGAAAAGCCGCGGAUUGAAGGUUCUGAAAGCGAUCAAUUGGGAAACAUCGAGCUCGACGACGAUGUAGAGGUCGAAGUGGGUGAAUCUAAUAAACUGGUUUUGAAGAUGAAAAUAUCUAAAAACACUUUAAAAAGACUACGAUGCAACAAUUUUGAGGCGAUUAUGCACAAUUGGACCAAAAUAUACCACAGUUUUGAGAAUGACAGGGAGACCAUGUUGAAAAGGUUGAAGCUCGAGAAAAAUGAUGAGCUUUUAGAACCGCCCCAAAAGAAGCGUUCACACAAAGAGCUGACCGACACAGAGAGCACGCCGAACCAUCUAUUUGUGGAGAUACCGAACAAGCAUUCUGACCAAAUUGACGGUGAGAACAGCUCACCCUCCAAACAAGGAAAUAAGAGGCCCAAGCAGGAUGACCAGACUCCAUCGGUGAACUUAGGAAUUGCCAAUUUGUCGCUGAAGCAUCUGCUAGGAUCAAUCCAGGCAAACCGGUCAAAACUAAAUAUCACUGACUAUGAGUUGAAGCAUUUGAUAACUGAUGUGCGGAAGAAUAGGUCUAAAUGGACUUCCGAUGAUCGUAUCGGUCAAGAAGAGUUGUACGAAGCUUGCGAAAAGGUUGUUCUCGAGUUGAGAAAUUAUACCGAACACUCUACCCCUUUUCUGAAUAAAGUUAGCAAGAGAGAAGCUCCAAACUACCAUCAAAUCAUCAAAAAGUCUAUGGACUUAAACACAGUUCUCAAAAAGCUAAAGACCUUCCAAUAUGAGUCCAAACAAGAGUUUGUUGAUGAUAUUAUGUUGAUCUGGAAAAACUGUUUAACUUAUAACUCAGAUCCAUCACAUUUUUUGCGAGCACACGCAAUUGCAAUGCAGAAAAAGUCACUGCAGUUAAUACCGAUGAUACCCAAUAUUACUAUUAGAAGUAGGGCCGAUGUCGAAAAGGAAAUAGCAGAUAUGGAUAAGGACAAAGAUUAUGAAGACGAUGCCGCUGAAGAUGAAGAAAUAGCUGGCUCAGGUAGAAAGGGGUUGAACAUGGGCGCCCAUAAGCCUGCAGAAGAGAAGGUUGAAAAUAUUCCAAUGAAUGAUGAUAACCACUCUACAAAAGAAGACGAUUCCGCUCUUCCACAAGAUAAUCAUGAGCAUGAAGAUUCAGAUGCAGAUGCAGAUGCCUACGACAGCCAAACAGAACAUUUACAAGAAAAGUCGAAUGUGCACUCUGGAAAAGAACCUUUGAAUACUGAUAAUAUGACAAACGGAAAACCUGAAACUCUCGAAACUGCCGCGGCAGAACAUUCAGGUGAUAAUGUUGCAGAUAUUCAAACGAAAGAACAGAUGGACAAGGAUGUGGACAUGAACACAGAAGUGGAGAGCAAACGAGAAGGCGAGACAGAAAAAGAAGAAAUCGGAAAGGACGAAGACGAAGAUGAUGAUGAUGAUGAUGAUGAUGAGGGAGAAGAGGAAGAGGAGGAUGAUAUGGCAGAUUCUCAAUCCUAUUUUAUAGAAAAAGACGAUACAAGGGAUGACAUUGAGCUAUUACUAUGGAAGUCUGCAACUGCGAAAGUGAGGGCAGAGAUAUGUUUGAGAAGAAGCGGGUUUUUUAAAGAAGGAAAAAUAAAUAAGCUAUCCACAGCGUUACUAAAGAACCCUCAGAUGAUGAAGCCCUUUGAACAACUUUUUCAGGAAUACAAAGAACAGAAAGCUGCUGAGUCCUAUAGACAGAAAAUAGAGCAAGAAUCUGUUAUGAAAAACGGUUUUGGCACUGUACUGAAAAAUGAGGAAGAAGAGCAAAUUGUACCACGUUCUGACGAUACCCCGUUUAUGGAAAAGAUAUUCAAUGAUAUUGAGGCCGAGAACUCCAUGUUUCUACAGGAAUAUGAUAGUGUGAAUGGCCUUCCUGAAAUAGCCUAUCAUGGUAUAAAUCCGGAAACGGUGGAAAAGGAAGAAAACGAUUAUGUGGAUCAUUUACUGGAAACCGGGGAAACACACCAGAGUCCAUUUUUAAGGAACAAAAACCGAGGCAUGAAUCCGAAAAUAAAUGCCAAUAUCCAACUGAUUCAACAAAUAAGACACAUAUGUCAUAAAAUAUCCCUGAUAAGAAUGCUACAAAACCCUCAAUACCUGAACAACAGUAAAAGUUCUGCUAAUUCUACAGCAAUCAUAAACCACAGGUUUGCCUAUCAAGAUAUUAAUGAUUCGUUGGACUUAGAUCCGGUCUCUCAACUCAAUUCACGCGACAAUAAGAACAACAGGGAGUUGAUCUGGAGGAUCAUGCAUAAGAAUGUUUCCAAAAUAUCCAUGACCAACGGGUUUGAAACAACCCAGCCGUCUGCUAUAAACAUGCUAACUGAAAUCGCGGGCGAUUAUCUGUCUAAUUUACUCAGGACUAUUAAAGUUCACCAAGAGUCAACAACGCUGAACAAACUGGAGAUGCCAGAAAUAUUGAAUCUGACACUUCUAGAAAACGGAAUCGCGCGUCCAGACUCAUUGUAUUCGUAUAUGGAGGCCGAAUUUGUGAAAAAGAGCAAGAAGUUGAACGACGUUAAGACAAAACUUGAAAAUUUCCUGAAGGCCCUACUUCGCCCCACUUUGCAAGAACUAUCUGAGAGAAACUUUGAAGAUGAGAGUGAAAAUUUCGUGACUGGUAACUUUGCAAACGAACUAACAGGGGAAGAUUUUUUUGGAUUUAAAGAGCUGGGCCUUGAAAAGGAAUUUGGGGUUUUAAGUUCUUCUGUGCCACUACAACUGUUAACUUCUCACUUUCAAGCUGCUGAUGGUGAAAAGGCUGAGCAGGUGAAGAAAAUACAGACGGAAGAAGUAGACUCUGUUGCAUAUUCAAAGAUAUCGAAAGGCUCGCUGGAGUCAGGGAAUUUCUGUGCUGCUCUACUGCCGUUCUUAAGACAAAUGUAUGAACGGUCCAAGAACUAUACACUAAAACCACCCAAAGGAUCUACCCAAGAAACGAGCACUCACAUUGAGAACCCUGACUUGGAAUCGUAUAUGCUUUUGGAAGACGAUGAAAUGAUUUCCAAAACAAAGGGUUCGAGGUUGAGAUUACCACCAACCGGAAAAAUUAGCACGGCGUACAAGAAGAGACCGAUCAACGAUGCCUUCUUUAUUCCUGAUACUCCUAAAAAAUCUGAGCCGGAGGAUGGUCCUACACCAGUGGAAGUGAAGCUGGACGAACCCAGUCAAGUUUCCGAAAACUCGUUACUCUUAGGAACACCAACCACUAUUCUCAGUCCAACUUAG